AUGCAGAUGCAGGUGUGCAAUUUAAGCCCAAGUACAAUUCACGGUAUGAUUGAAAGAGAUAUGAAUGGUGAAGAGCUAAAGAGUGAGGGAAGUGAGUUAAUUAUGAGCAUGGAAGCUGAUGCUACCACCACUCCACAGUUAUCACUCGCCGACACAGAAAUCAACUGGGACAGGUUGGACAAAACCAAGUUCCACGUUAUCGGUGCCAUUCUCUUCACAGCUCAAUCAGGUCUGCUUCAUCCAACUGCCGUGGUAAAGACACGCAUGCAGGUGGCUGGGUCGGGGCUCUCGAACCUGCGAGGAACGUCGGUGCUGGCCCGCAUUCUGCGAAGCGACGGUGUUCCGGGAAUCUUCAGAGGCUUUGGCACUUCCGCCAUUGGUUCAAUCCCCGGUAGAGUUCUUGCGCUCACCUCUCUCGAGGUCUCCAAGGACAUCGUCCUGAAACACACGCAAGCCACUCACAUUCCAGAAGCGUCUCGCGUUGGCCUUGCCAACGCACUCGCUGGCAUGGUCUCCAACUUGGUCUCCUGCAUCUACUUUGUGCCCUUGGAUGUGGUUUGUCAGAGGUUGAUGGUGCAGGGUCUUCCGGGGACAACGUUUUGUAGAGGGCCGUUUGAUGUUGUUCGGAAAGUUGUGGAGGCGGAGGGGUUUCGUGGCUUGUAUAGGGGUUUUGGAUUAACCGCGGUUACGCAGUCCCCUGCUUCUGCGCUUUGGUGGGGUUCAUAUGCUGCCGCACAACACCUAAUUUGGAGGAGUUUGGGCUACAAAGAUGGUACGGGUAACAAACCUUCACAUGUGGAAAUGGUGACCGUUCAGGCUAGUGCUGGUAUGGUGGCUGGUGUUUGUUCCUCUGUUAUCACUACUCCCAUAGAUACUGUGAAAACACGUCUUCAGGUGAUGGACAACUAUGGUUCUGAAAGACCAUCAGUACUGAAGACAGCAAAGAUUCUCCUCAAGGAAGAUGGAUGGUGGGGAUUUUACAGGGGGUUUGGUCCAAGAUUUUUAAAUAUGUCACUUUAUGGAACAACCAUGAUUGUUACUUAUGAACUGAUAAAGAGAUUAUCGGUUCAAUCAAGUCUGAGGUUGGAAUAUGGAGAAUUAUUGUCUUUCACUUUAUUCUUCAUUCCAAUGGCUUUAAAUGCUGGAUUGGACAUAAGAGAGCAUUAUGGUAUUAUCCAUGCUUCCUCUUCGCCAAAUAUACAUGCUGUGUCGUUCUGCAUCCUUAAACUUGGUAAAGCUUUUAUGCUACCAGAACCUCACAUCAAUAACGUUAAUACGCAACAAACAAUGGGUUUAUCUUUUGGCAAGAUUUUCUCUCGUCUAUGCGCUAAGAAGGAGAUGCGAAUUCUUAUGGUUGGUCUUGAUGCCGCUGGUAAAACCACAAUAUUGUAUAAACUGAAGUUAGGGGAGAUUGUGACCACAAUUCCUACAAUUGGAUUUAACGUGGAGACUGUGGAGUAUAAGAACAUAAGCUUCACUGUGUGGGAUGUUGGUGGUCAGGAUAAGAUUCGACCAUUGUGGAGACACUACUUCCAAAACACACAAGGGCUUAUUUUUGUGGUAGACAGCAAUGAUCGUGAUCGUGUUGUUGAGGCUAGAGAUGAGUUACACAGGAUGCUGAAUGAGGAUGAAUUAAGAGAUGCUGUGUUGCUUGUUUUUGCAAACAAGCAAGAUCUUCCUAAUGCCAUGAACGCUGCUGAAAUCACUGAUAGACUUGGUCUAAACUCUCUGCGCCAGCGCCACUGGUAUAUCCAAAGUACAUGUGCUACAUCUGGUGAAGGUUUAUACGAAGGACUAGACUGGCUUUCAAACAACAUUUCAAGCAAGGCUUCCUUUAAAUAG